GUUGAUAAGACUACCUGGCAAAUAGUAGUGCGAUAGAAGAUGCGAUAGGAUAGCCCCACAAUUCCACGUUCUCUGCGCCGACCGGGCAGUUCGAGCUGAGAUCGCUUUGAGUAAAGACGUCGCCGCCAUCGGGAGAUAAUUCGGAAUCGAACUGCUGCAUCUAGUAUAGCCAGACCACAACAACAGUAUUUGUUUAUAUUUCCACACAUAAGCCACAUAUAGCCAUAAAUAAAUUAUGAAAUCAGUGGCGUUGCACAAGUUUCUGGCGUUCUAUUCGUUGCUGAUUGCCUGCGCGUGGGGUCAGCUAUUGAAUCAACAGCAACAGCCACAAGUACAGACAGUGCAGCGACCAGUGUUCCUUAUUAAAAAUAAUAUUCGACCAGAGGAUGCCAAAAAUUAUCAAAUUACAGUGCCAAAGGAUCCGAAAGCGGGGGAACCUUGCCUAACCAUUUCCUGGAAGAGCAAUCCCGAUGGCAGUGAACCCGCCUUUCCCCAAAUCUAUAUGGGGAAUGGUUAUUUUGGAAUCCUGCCCCCGACACUUGUUACCCAACAAAGGACAUAAACUGUAUUAGCUUUUAAAUAUAUUUCGGUAUUUAAUUCAAAAAUAAAACAAUUUCAAAGUUGAAA